AUGGCAGGGUGGAGCUGCCUUGUGACAGGAGGAGGAGGGUUUCUGGGUCAGAGGAUCGUCCACUUGUUGGUAGAGGAGAAGGAGCUGCAGGAGAUCCGGGUGCUGGACAAAGUCUUCAGACCAGAGGUUCGGGAGGAAUUUUCUAAGCUCCAGAGCAAGAUCAGGCUGACCUUGCUGGAAGGAGACAUCCUGGAUGAGCAGUGCCUGAAGGAAGCCUGCCAGGGUGCCUCGGUGGUCAUCCACACCGCCUCUGUCAUCGAUGUCAUGAACGCCGUUCAGCGAGAGACCAUCAUGAAUGUCAAUGUGAGAGGUACCCAGCUCCUCUUGGAGACCUGUGUCCAGGCUAGUGUACCAGUCUUCAUCCAUACCAGCACCAUAGAGGUGGCUGGGCCCAACUCCUACAGGGAGAUCAUCCAGGACGGCCACGAAGAAGAGCAUCUUGAAACAGCAUGGUCCUCUCCAUACCCAUACAGCAAAAAGCUUGCCGAGAAGGCUGUGCUGGGAGCUAAUGGGUGGGCUCUUAAAAAUGGCGGCACCUUGUACACUUGUGCCUUAAGGCCCAUGUACAUCUAUGGGGAGGGGAGCCCAUUACUUUUUGCCCACGUGGACAGUGCCCUGAAGAACAAUGGAAUCCUGUCAAAUCACUGCAAGUUCUCCAGAGUCAACCCAGUCUAUGUUGGCAACGUGGCCUGGGCCCACAUUCUGGCCUUGAGGGCCCUGCGGGACCCCCAAAAGGCCCCAAGCAUCCAAGGACAGUUCUACUACAUCUCAGACGGGACACCUCACCAAAGCUAUGAUGACCUCAAUUACACUUUGGGCAAAGAAUGGGGCCUCUGCCUGGAUUCCGGGAUGAGCCUCCCGGUUUCUCUGAAGUAUUGGCUUGCCUUCCUGCUGGAGAUAGUGAGCUUCUUGCUCAGUCCAAUUUACAAAUAUCGACCCCCCUUCAACUGCCACCUGGUAACCCUGUCAAAUAGUGUGUUCACCUUCUCCUAUAAGAAAGCUCAGCGAGAGCUGGGGUAUGAGCCCCUCUUCACCUGGGAGGAAGCCAAGCAGAAAACCAAGGAGUGGGUCGGCUCCCUGGUGAAACAGCACAAGGAGACCCUGAAAACAAAGACUCACUGAUCUGGGGGGUGACAACGAUGUGGAUGUGGGUAUAGUUAGGAGAUGUCUGUCACGCUCUCCCCUUCCGGCUUCAUACGGCAAACAACACGGACACAAGCCCGGGUCCUCCUGCUUCCCUUUUAUAAGAUGAUCAUGUUACUGUCU